CACAAUAAUCGACCAGUUUGACAAUUCUCUGUCAUCUGUUCAGUUGUAAAUUUUAGAGUGACCUAAAAAUUCAUCGUAUCAUCUUGUUGGAUUGCAAAAUCGAAAUAUUAACAAAAUGAGAAUUCCAUUUGGCAAAAAGCAUGCAGAAAUUGCUACUUCUUUCGUAUCUUCCGGGGUAGGGUUUGGUGGCGCUGCCGGUCUUGCAUUGCUCUAUUUCACAGACUGGAAAGUAGUGCUGCAAUACAUGCCCAUUUACAAUACGAAGUUCGAUAAAUCUGAAUAAACUAAGAGUUUAAAUUCGUGGGAAAAAUGUAAACUUUUCGCUCUGUCUUUAUGCUGUUCAUUAAAUUUAAAAUAAAUUCUACAUAUAAGUUGUGUUCCGAAAUAAAGUAGUGCGAAACGUACAAUAUGAGACUAAUAUGAAA